GAAGGAAGAAACAGAAGCUUGCCAAAGAGAGAGCAGGGCUUUCCAAGUUGCCUGAUCUGAAAGAUGCUGAAGCAGUUCAGAAGUUUUUCCUUGAGGAGAUUCAGCUUGGCGAGGAACUACUAGCACAAGGUGAAUAUGAGAAAGGUGUUGAUCACUUAACCAAUGCCAUUGCUGUGUGUGGACAGCCGCAGCAGCUACUACAAGUUCUACAGCAGACUCUUCCACCGCCGGUGUUUCAAAUGCUUCUAACUAAGCUCCCUACAAUAAGCCAGAGAAUUGUAAGUGCACAGUGCUUGGCUGAAGAUGAUGUUGAAUGAGGUCACACCACAACAGGGGGAAAAAAUGUUUUCUUACCCCAGAAGAUGAGCAUCAGUAGGGGGAUAAAGGGGCAAACAUAGUAGUUAAUGGACUGUGUACCACAUCGGGUUCUACCAGAGUUAAUUUUAACUUUGUGUAGGUGGGUUUCGCAGGAUUUUAUUUAUUAUCCCAGUGAAAAGUGUAUUUUGAUAAGAAUUCAUUUUAUAAAUACACUGUGUUGAGUUAUCAAAGUAUCACUAACUUCAUUAUUAUUAAAAUAUGCAGUUGUAAUGUUGUACAUAUAAAGACAUAAAACUACGACCUAUUAAAAACCCAAUGCUCAUUUUUGAAAAAACAAAGUUACGGCAAUAAAGAUUUAUCUGCACUUGUGUGUCCCUCUAGUACUACUUUAAAUUUAAGAACAUUUGGGUGUCAGAGCAAAUUAUCUAAAAAUGACUUAACAUUAAAAUUUAUUUUUAAUGUUA